AUCAGUAAGUGUUUGCUGUCUUCCAGGUUUAGCUGCCCAUGAUUGAAGGGUGUCCAUAAAAGAGAACUUUCCUUUCUGACAAGAAUAGCAUGGCCUCGUGAAACUAAGGAUCAUCCGUCCCCAGUGAUCCUGGCACGGUGGUCUUGCCAUGGAAGGAAGCGAAGCGGCUUCAAGCUGCCAGUCUGGAGAAAGCAGCUUGCUGGACAUACCAUGCGCCAUAAGUGCAGAAAGUUUUCUGCUGAAUCCCAGAACUGGGAGAAGUGAUGAUAUUCUCAGCCCUGCUGGCACAUUUGUUUCUCCGGCAUCCACAGAAGUUGACGCAGACCCAGAUAAUGCCAUCUUCCUAGCGCACACAGUUGGAACCAGCGUAGCUUGGAGGCCUAGACGAUGUGAGAAGGCAGAGCCAAGUAACUGUGUGGACGGUGUUCAUUCAGCACCGGUGGAAAAAGAUGACCAUGUUGAAGAAAUGGUGACGCGGUGCAUUGUGGAAGUCCUUUUGAACGGUUUGUCGAAAGCUAAUGUUCCACCCAUCAACCCCCUGUGCAAAGAGCUUCUGAAGAGAACCAAUCGACAAAAGCAAGAAGAAGAAAAUAUAGGCAAAGAUGCAGAACUUGAGCUGAGGCAUUUAUCAGAAUCAGAGGAGUUAGAGAAGCCACCAAAAGGAACUGUGAGAGGAGGAGAAGGAGAAGAAGAAGCGAAUGAAGAAUUGAAAAGACAGGCGGAAGGAAGUGAGAAGUGGCACCCUGAGGAGAAAAUCCACAGGGGAAAUGUCAACCCACAAGCCAUCUCCCAGAGUCCUUAUUCUUUUGAUGAAGCCCAUAAGAAAAAAAAGGGUGAUGCCGAGAAAAGAACUGAGGAAGAAGGUAGCUAUAAAAGAAAUCACCAGAGUGAAGAAGAAAGCAAUGAGAAAAAACACAGCGAGGAGCUGGAUCCUGAGCUUCUUGACAAAAAGUCUCCUCCUACAGCAGGAAGGGUGGCUGAGGGUGACCUCAAACCUUCUGGAGGCCAAAAGUACUUGGAGGAAAACGCACAUAGUCAAGAGAGGGAAUCAGAAAGCAAGGAAGAGGAAGAUGCUGAGGAGGAGGAAGAAGAGGAGAGCAGCGAAAAAUAUCACCACAGCUUUCACCGAGAAGACGAAGACUCUUAUGAGAGGAGAGAACCUGAUGCAGAGAAGCGAGGCCGCAGACCGAGACAUUAUCACAGGAAAUCAAGGCUGGGCAACUCCUCUGAAUACAAGAGACAUCAUAAUGGUGAGAAGAGGGACUCGCCCGAAGAGUCUAGCGAGGAAGAAAGCGAAUUCUGGGAUAAAAGGAGCCACCACCCCAGACAUUAUUAUGAGGUAGGGCACCAUUUUGAGGAGAAGAGAAACUCUGGCGAGGUGCAUGGCUCUGAGGAGAUGGAGGGGAAGAGCAGGGGCAGGUGGCAUCACAGCAGGGAGGACAAUGAAGGGGGAGACAUGAGGCAGCGCAGCAGGGAAAAUGAAGAGAAACAGCACCACUACGAGAGAAGACUCCAUGACGAACCACAAAAGGAGUUGAGGCGCCACUAUGAGGAAGGGACUCUUCGCAGCAAGGCGAGUGAGGAAGAUAUAGGCAAGCAGCAUAGCUACGGCAUCCGGGAUGAGAAAGGCACCAACACGACAAAGAACGGCAGCGCUUGGAAUGGGAGGAGCUGUCAAAACCGCAAACUCUAGAAAAGGGAGAUGGAGCAGAGGUUCUAUGGUCCAGAAGAAAGGCACAACCCCGGCCCAGAAGAGCCAGAGAUGAGGCGACACAGUGAGGGUGGGAGGCAUGAGGGCAACAAAAGGGCCCUUCUGAUGGAGGAGGGCUAUCCAAGAAGCCACUACCUUGUGGAAACUGUGAAAAGAGCUGUGCCUCCACACAUCCCUUACUACCAGCAGCUCAGGUGGAAGGGCAGACACGCUGAAAAGAAGGGCGGCAUCGCCGAUCCGUUUCUGGAGAGCGAAGAAGAAAGAAAGAAGAGGAGCCCAGGUCCCACCCAAACGAGAGCGCUCUUUCCCGAGUAUAACGAUUAUGACACGCCAUGGGAGAAGCAGCUGACGGAUGGCGUGAGCCGCAAGCAUAACAGCAACGACCCCAGAUUUGAGGUGAAAAGGCAAUACAACCGGAUGGAUGAACUUGCCCAUCUUCUGAGCAACCGGAAGAAAUCUGCAGAGUUCCCAGAGUUAUACAGCUCCAAGGAAGACGUGAAAAGGGGGCACGCCGUGAGGAGCGGCAAAGGGAAACUGAGUCAGCGGCCUCUCACGCUGGAAGAGGAAAAGGAACUGGAAAAUCUGGCUGCUAUGGAUUUGGAGUUGCAGAAGAUAGCAGAGAAGUUCAACGGUAACAGGAGGGGAUGAAUCUGGCCUGGCCUAACGUGGGUAUGGGAAAGUGCAGCUUUGUUUAACAGUAUACUAUAGUUACUGGUGAAGUCACUGCCACAAGUGUUAACUCUCCUUCCCUUCCUAAUAAAGAAGUAAAUGCAGUUUACUGCCCACUAGUUACCCAAGUGAUGGCUUGCACAGGCCCAAGUAUCUUUAUUCCAAAUAUGCUAGGAAGACCAGAUCAGCAUGAAUUUUAAGCAUCUAGACCUGUGCGCAAGGCAGACAUUUUAAAAUGCGUGUGGAAAUAAUUGUGUGUGUAUGUUCUUCAGAACUAUGUUGUCUCUUAGUUUGAAAUAAUAAAAAAGUAUGUUGUUCACAUU